UCCAAGAUGUAGUUUUUAGGUCUCUAACUUUUGAUAUUGACUUUCUUUCAUUCUGUCUCCGAGUCCAAUCAUCCUCUCCUCCCCUUCGUCAAAGGUUUCCUCCAGGCUUUUUAUCUCUCCCUUGCAGCCUGGAAGCUGAUUUCAGCCUCACAACUAAGAGUGCAACAUGGAGCAAGCACGGUACUGGAUGUGGACAAAGAGGAGACAUGGUUUGAGUUCUCAUCUUCAAGCAUCAACAUACGCUGCAUAUGAUGACUCGUGGGAAGAGCAGGCUUUUGCAGAAGAUGCUGCUGGGUCCCUUGGAGGGUGUAUAUGGCCUCCGAGGUCUUAUUCUUGCAGCUUUUGUGGCAGAGAAUUUAGAUCAGCUCAAGCUCUAGGAGGUCAUAUGAAUGUCCACAGGAGGGAUAGAGCUAGGCUAAAGCAAUCUCCAACUCCCCAUGGUGAAACUAUUCAUCAUCAUGAUCAUCAAAAUAGUCAGAGUCACAUUCAAAAUCCCUUUUUACCUAUGGGUUUUCAAUACCAACCUGAUGAGGUUUGUAACUUUGUUUAUAACCCUAACCCUAAUUCUGAUCAUGGUACUCUUACAUCACCUUCCACCUCUUCUAGAGUCUCACCUCCACCUACUAAAGAGAACUGUCCUGGAAAAAUCUUAAUUCCGACUUUCUCUUCACCAAUUGUCCAAGAACGCCCUAAGACGAAGUCCCCUGACUCAUCCCCCAAAUCAUGGUCAAACUUGGUUGCAGACAGAUAUUACCAUUUCUCUGAUCUAAGUACUGAAGGAGAGAAGAGUCCAAGAAUCCUAGAAUCCGGAUGUAAGGUUAAAGCUGAUUAUGUCCAAACUGAUAUGUCUGUAAGCUUGAAUUUAGUUGUUCGACGAGCACGGCCUACUACAUCUGGUAGUAGAGAAGAGACUGUUGGUUUCAAGAGAAAGAGAACUGACACACCAACAUUACCAUUCUUCCUGAAGCCGAUUUCGAUUGAAAGACAUCAUCUCCAACCAGCUGACCUACCUGAGCUUCGCCCUAGCUCAGUCGAUGACAUAGAUCUUGAGCUAAGACUUGGUGACCGCCCCAAGGUAAAGUAGUUUGUCCGGAAGGCCAUACUUAAAUGGACAUAUAAGUGGCCUUUCUUCAGUCAUAAGUUGUCUCUGUAACCUCAUCAUUUCCAUUUGAAUUCUUCCUUUUCAUCCGGAUGUCAAGGCCUCUUUGCUUUGAGUUAGAUGAAUUAUCCUCUUUCUGAAUCUUUAUGACCUCAAAGGGUGUAACAAAAAUUACAUAUAUGAAUAUCCUAGACGAAGAUGAAAAUUGAAAAAAAAAUACUCAUUUCCUGAUAGAGAGACUACCACCACCACGCAUAUAUGAUCUCCUCUUGCU